AUGUCGAAGCGACCGGCGCUGGAACCGCUCGAGGAAGUCUACGACGCGCCUUCUCCAGCACCAAAGCGCGCCAGGGUCGAAGACGAAGAGAUGGAAAGCCCUCAGGCCAAUGGCGCGACUAGCAAUAGUCAUCUCAUGUCUCCGCGCGAGCAAGACCGGGACAAAGUAGACAUCGCAGGCGCAUACGAGGAGGAGCAUGCGGAGCUUGUGGAAGCCGGCGCAUUAGACGACGACGACGACGACGACGACGACGAUGACGAGCCCGCAAUCGCUGCGCCGAAACGUCAGACGGCUCCAGAAGCUGGAUACACAGACCUAUAUCUUGACACGAUAAAUCGCAAAGUCCUCGAUUUCGACUUUGAGAAACUAUGUUCCGUCACCCUCUCCAACAUCAACGUCUACGCCUGUCUCGUAUGCGGGAAAUGCUACCAAGGUCGCGGUCCAAAAUCACAAGCAUACUUCCAUGCGCUGGAAGAGGGUCACCACGUAUACGUCAACAUGGAGACAAAGAAGGUCUAUGUUCUCCCCGAAGGCUAUGAGGUGACGUCCAAGUCGUUGGAUGAUAUCAAGUUCGUUGUGGAUCCACGCAUGAGCAAAGAGGAGGUCGCAAAGCUGGACAAAGAGCCCAAAGUGUCGUGGGACCUCUCUAACCGAGAGUAUAUUCCAGGUUUCGUCGGCAUGAACAACAUCAAAGCGAACGACUACUUCAACGUUGUGAUACAAGCCCUCUCUCAUGUUGCCCCCUUGCGGAACUAUUUCAUGCUGGAAGAUCUGUCAACUCGACCACAGCUCGCACAGCGCUUUAGCACACUUGUCCGCAAGAUUUGGAACCCACGGGCCUUCAAAACUCACGUCUCGCCCCAUGAACUCCUCCAAGAGAUUGCUCUUCGAUCGUCGAAACGUUUUACUCUCUCCGACCAGUCAGAUCCCGUCGACUUCCUCUCAUGGUUCCUCAACAACCUCCACCUAGCAGUCGGCGGCUCGCGAACAAAACCCAACAGCAGCAUAAUCCAGAAAGUAUUCCAGGGCACACUGAAAAUUGAGCAACAAGAAAUCACCGCUCGUGCAGAUGCAGGCGACCGCCUCCGUUUCGAAGACGCAGCUGUCCAAACCGAGAUAUCCCGUUUCCUCGUGCUAACCCUUGACCUACCCGCAGCCCCUCUAUUUCAAGACGCACUGGAAAAGAACAUCAUCCCACAAGUCCCUCUCGUCAACAUCCUCUCAAAAUACAACGGUGUGACUCCACAAGAGAAGUCGAAGAAUCGCGUUCGCUACCGCCUCCUACACCCCUUGCCCCCUUACCUCCUCUUCAACAUCAAGCGCUUCUCUAAGAACAAAUUCGUCUCGGAACGCAACCCGACCAUCGUCACCUUCCCUGUUCACUCCCUCGACAUGUCACCCUAUGUCGAGCCAAACCCGAAAGAAUACCCACCUGGCGAGCCUAUCUGGUAUGAUCUCGUGGCCAACAUCACCCACGAGGCGGUCAAGAAGAAGGAUGAUAGUGUCGAGGGUGAACAGGAGAGCAAGGUUUGGAGAGUGCAGGUUAAAGACCGAGCGAGGGAGGAGUGGUAUGGUAUUCAAGAUCUGUACGUCGAGAAGGAGAGAGGCGAGACGCUGUUUACCAAGGAAGCAUAUCUGAUGGUCUGGGAGAGGAGAAGGGGGCAGAAACCAAAGGGGAGGUAG